AUAGAAUUCCCGAACUUUUACUUAACAGUUAAUGGUACCUUUAUUUUUAGAAAUGUAUUCAUACAAAAACAGAUAAAUUUUGCGACUCAAAAUGUUUGCAUUAUCGUCGAACUUAAAUGCAUGAUUACUGAAAAAUAAAUAUUUUAUAUCUAUGAGAUGUAUGAACGAAAUAGAAAAACUUUUGAUCUUUAGUUGUGCAUGAAUUUGAAUGGACUGCACUUUAGACGUGAAAAAUUGGUAGUUGAAAAAGUUCUCGUUUGACUGGAACCACGUCAAAUUGAUAGAAAACAAAAAUUGUCAGAACGCGACCGACUGUCGUGGAGGUUACAUCGCCGGUGGUGUUUGCGUAUUUCUUUUCGUAAUGUUGGAAGGUGUCAAACAUGUUUUAUUAGUGCUUUCUGGUAAAGGUGGUGUUGGAAAAUCAACAAUCAGCACACAAUUGGCACUUGCGCUCAAAGAGUCGGGUUUUCGAGUUGGUUUGUUAGACGUUGAUCUCUGCGGACCUAGUGUGCCUUAUCUGUUGAAUUUGGAAGGCAGAGAUGUUCAUCAAUCAUCCGAUGGAUGGAUACCAGUGUUUGCAGAUAAGGAGCAAAAACUGGCUGUCAUGUCGAUAGGAUUUUUAUUAAAAAAUCAAGAUGAGAGUAUUGUUUGGAGAGGUCCAAAAAAAACUGGAAUGAUUAAACAAUUUUUGACUGAUGUUGUUUGGCAAGAUAUUGAUUAUUUAAUUAUUGAUACACCACCAGGAACUUCGGACGAACAUAUUACUGUGAUGGAAAACUUAAGAAAUGUGAAAUGCGAUGGUGCACUAAUAGUAACCACCCCACAAGCAGUUGCAGUAGAUGAUGUUUUACGAGAAAUAACAUUUUGUAGGAAAACUGGAAUCCAUAUAUUUGGGAUUAUUGAAAAUAUGAGUGGCUUCGUCUGUCCAUCGUGUUCAGAAUGUACAAAUAUAUUUUCCGCGGGCGGAGGAAUAGCGCUUUCAAAAAUGGUGAAUGUUCCAUUCUUAGCAAAAGUGCCUAUAGAUCCACAAGUUGGGAAAUUAGCAGCAACUGGCCAAAGUGUCCUGGUAACAUUACCUGAUAGCCAGGUAGCGCAAGUAUUCCGAAAACUAGUCGAAGAACUUACUCAGAGCAAGGAGGCAUGAAAAAUUUGAUCUCGUAUGCACGGCGUUUCCAGUGAAAUACAGUACUUGCUCGUGAUGACAAAAUUAAGUUUGGCCCUCUGCAAACUAUCGCAUUUUUUAUUAUUUCGUAUUAAGACUAAAUAAGGUAAAUUGAUUUGAAGACAAGAACACUUAAGUUUUGAUGAAAAGUAUAAUUUCAUGACAUUAUAAUAGAUAUACGAAAAUGUAAAAUAUCUGCAUUACAUACAAAUAAUAUAUAGGAUCGCAAAGGAUUUGUUUAAUUGCAUUUUGUACAAAAGAGGUAAAGUGUACGUGUAUAAAUAUAACGAUUUUUAUAUGGCAGCAUUUAUAGGAAAUAUAAAGAGUUUCUUGCACAUUGCAAAGGAUAUACAUAUGUGUACAUGUAAUCCUGUAUCAUUGUUAAUGGGAACAAGUAAAUACACUUUAAAGCUUUUGUAUAAGAAUGUGAAUAGAUUAAUGUACUAUUAUAUAAUGUAUAUACAUCGAAAUCUAUAAAUUUGUGCAUCGCUCUAUUUACAGAUAUUUUUUUUUAAGUCGAUGUUAUUCAAUUAUUUACGGUUUUUAACUGUUGUACACAUAUUCGAAAAUAAAAAAAUAUAUUUUCCCCCUA